AUGGAAAUAGCUCGUAGAAUAUGUUUUAUUUUCUUGGGACUUGUAUUUACUAUAUUAAUUGAUUUAUAUUUAAGUUCAUCAAAUAAUGUACUUAUUUUGUUAGCAUUUAUUCGAAUAUUAGGAAUAUCUAUUGCAUUUUUUUAUCGAAUUAUUUAUGAUAAUUAUGAUAAAAAUGUUAAUUAUAAUACAACAAAAACAUUUUGGAAUCCAUUUAAAAAUAUAUUUGUUGUUAUUGCAGCUAUAGAACAAGCAUUUGUUAUGUAUUAUAUAGAAUUUUCAUUAAAUUUUCAAUCAAUAUUAUAUAUUAUUGAACAAGUAUCAAUGCCACUGUUUGCUUAUUUAUGGAUUCAACGUAUAAAAAAGGAUUCAUACGAUUAUCACAAUUCAAAAUGA